AUGGGCGACGCAUCAUCUCUAGAUCCAGAAGAGUAUUCGCAUGAACUUCCAGCUCAUUUCCUCCACUCACCGGGGCCGAUUAACCGCGCCUCCCCGCGUUUACCUCGUGCUAUCGCCCAUCGCGGAUUCAAAGGUCAAUAUCCCGAGAACACUAUACGAUCAAUAGAUGGAGCACUCCGGGCAGGAGCUCACGCACUCGAGCUCGACCUUCACAUCUCCAGCGAUGGGAUUGUGGUAUUAUCACAUAACCAUGCUCAUCUUUUCAAGGACGCAAGCCUCAUGCGCUGUUAUGGCAUUAAGAAGAAGGUCGCCGACUGCGAUUGGGAGUAUUUAAAAACCCUACGAACUCUACAAGCCCCCCAUGAACCGAUGCCCCGGUUGAUCGAUGUGUUGGAAUACCUAAGUCAACCGGGUCGGGAGAAUUCCUGGAUCUUGCUAGAUAUAAAGCUCACCAACGAACCUUUCGCCAUAAUGGAAUUAAUAGCCAAAACUAUUGAGUCAGUACCUAAACCCGCGAAUGGGCCCGACUGGCACCAGCGAAUUGUUCUCGGCUGCUGGUCCGCACGAUAUUUACCCGCGCGUGCACAGCACCUGCCACAGUACCCAGUGACGCUAGUCUGUGUGGACGUGAGCUAUGCACGACAAUUCCUCCAAGUACCGCUUAUAUCCUUCAACAUUAACCAGAUGAUCCUAAUGGGUCCGCUCGGACGAGGGUUUUUAGACGAGGCGCGCGCAGCCGGACGUCCAGUCUAUGUUUGGACGGUGAAUGCGCCGAACCUCAUGCGUUGGUGUAUCCGGCAUGAGAUCGAUGGCGUGAUCUCUGACGAGCCCGGCCGAUUCCGGCAGGUGUGUGAGGGGUGGGAGAAGGAACAUGCUGGUAUAUUGGGCGUGCCGAAUCCCGGUCUAGACCGGAUCACGUUAACACAACGCGUGGAGAUCAUCGUUGUGGCGCUUUAUGUCAUUUGCUUUGGGUGGAUCUUGAAGCGGGUGUACCUUGCCCCGGUUGAGACAUUUGAGGAACGCAAGUCCAAAUAG